AUGUCUCAACUACCAUCAGAAUCAUCUCCUCUGCUACCCGCAGAGCCUGCCACCGAGCGACCGUGGGAUUCUAAAUACCUACCACAGGCCGACUCCUCCUCAAUAUCUUCUUCCGUCUCCUCCAGCAUGGACCUCACAGACGUCCUCCGCGACGUCAUCAUCGGCUUCUCAGACGGCCUCACCGUCCCCUUCGCCCUCACAGCCGGCCUCUCCAGCCUCGGCAGCACAAAGCUCGUCAUCAUGGGCGGCCUGGCUGAGCUCUUCUCCGGAAUGAUCAGCAUGGGACUGGGCGCCUACCUCGCCGCCGUCACGGAGCGAGACCACUACGAGUCCGAGGAGCAGCGCGAGACGAAACAGGUCGACUGCUGCCUCCCGCAAGAGCAGCGAGACGACAUCUUCUGCAUCCUGGAGAAGUACAACGUCUCUCGCGCAGCUGCGGCCCCCUUGGUAGACGAGCUCUGCCAGAACCGCGAUCAGUGGAUCCGCUUCCGAAUGGACUUUUCAUUACGGCUCGAGAAGCCCAACAUUCACCGCGCAUGGAUUUCCGGCGUUACCAUGGGACUUAGCUACUUUGUCGGCGGUCUGAUCCCCAUGAUUCCUUACUUCAUCAUGGACAAAGUUGCCGAUGCUCUUCUUGUCUCCAUUGCCGUCACUGUCAUCAUCCUGCUGGGUUUCGGAUACGUCAAGAACUACGUUGCGAUUAGAAAUCACAGAGCUGGUUUGUGGGGUGCAAUCCAGACACUGAUUAUAGGCGUGCUGGCUGCUGGAACGAGUUAUAUCCUUGUAAAAGCGCUGGACAGGGGUGACGUAUAA